UCAACUAAUGGUACAGAGUACUUCAGUUCAUCUCGUAUAUCAGACUCGAAAGCAGGAACGCUCUCUCUGUGUGUAGUUCGUUCUCUCCCCUUUGCUUUAUUUCAAAACAAAGAAAACAUUCUCACACAGGACAAAAAAAGAAAGGAGGUUGCGCCUGUCUUAUCGGGAAUUAAUAGUUCAUUGUCGCCAUGAGGUUCCAAAUAGCGACAUUUGUGCUAUUAAUUUUUAUUUUUGGACUCUCGUGUGCCAGGGAAAUAACCCAUGAAGAUAUAAAAAGUGCAAUGCUGAGUCUCGUGCACGUGAUGCGAGACGACACGGGAAAAUUGGAGAGGCACGAGGCACGCGAACGACAAUUGGGCGAGGAAUUAAAAAAAUCCUUGUCGCUCUUGACGAAAAAAAUGACAGUUGUUGAGGGCUUUCAUCCUCAUUUAGUGAAAUUGAACGAAAGAGUUGGGGGCAUCGAAAAACUUAUUGCCCAGAGAGACGAAAGAGAGAGGAUACAAAUGCAGAAAACUGCCGACACCCUCGAGGAUUUGGAAAGACGUCUAAAUAAUUGGAUGUCAUCGAUUGAGAGUAAAAUCACUCAAGUCAAUAAUGACUCGUCUGAGUCAAGUUCCGACAGAAAUUCCCAAAUACUGUCGAAACUCGACGAAUCCCAAACAAUGAUGGCCAAACAUUUCGAUAAAUUCGAAACAAACAUGAAGGACAUGAAUCACAAAAUAAAGAACGAGGCUAAUCAGCUGAAGGAGAAGAUCCAAACUGUCGCAUCGGAGGUCAAAAAUGCCGGUUCGACAAUAGAGAACGUCGACAAUUCGGUCGGAAAACUGAAGGAAAUCGUGAAAAGUGUCGAAAGUGGACCACAAAAAACGUCGGACAUUGGAAAUACACUGAACGAACAAAGUCGAGCACUAGUGAGACUAAAGGAACUAUUGCAAGACACUUCGGAGAGAUUGCAAGAAUUACCGAGAAUUUCAGAGUUACAAUCUCUGCAUAAUGAAACGCAAAUGGCGCUGCAGGAGACAAAGCAUGUCCUCAGGGAUUACGUGACGCGAGGAAACGAUGGACUCGAGAGUAAAAUUGUCGAGAGUAAAGAAGAUAUUAAAUAUGCAAUCAGCAAUCUCAGAAUGGACAUGGGAGCGAAUGCGGAUCGAAUAAAACAAGAAUUGCAGGAUUUAGAAAAAGGACAAUCGGUGAUGGUCUCAAUGGCCGAUCACGUUCUUGAUACAAAAAAACGUGUCGAAUAUGGUGUACAUCAAAUUUUACUGGAAGUUGGCGAUUUAUUGAAAUCCCAAGGGGCAAAUAUUAAUAAUACUCUCAACAGUCGAUUUGAUGGAAUCUCAAGUGACAUAAUUGAUAAUCAAAAUGAUGCCCUAACAAAUUUGACCACGAAAAUGGAACAACAAAUGAAUCAAGUUUGGAGACAAAUUAAUGUCAUGUAUCAACAAAUGAUGGAGAGUGCAAAAUCUUUGGAUAAAUUACACGAACAAAAUGAAGUUUACGUCAAUGGCACUACAUCCACAAUGGGCGGAAUGAAAAAUAAGGUGGGAGAAAUAACGAAGAGAAUGUCCGAGGUGGACGAAAAUUUGAAUUACCUUUUGGGACGAUUAUCUCUCGUCACACAAGAAUUUAAUCAAAUAAAAAGUGGUCUCGGCGCAGCUCUCGACAAUAUUAAAGCUUCCUUCAAAGAGGUACAAGAAAAAGCCAAUGAUUUAACUCCUGGUCCUCAUCAAAUUCCCGAAAAUUAUAAAGAACUCGAUGAGUCGAAAACAGAACCCGAAAUAGUCAAAUAAAAAAAUUUUUUCUUUUUGUAAAAAAAAGAAAGAAAUUUUUCCCCAUAAAUUCAUUUUUUCUAUAAAUUCACUUUUUUCAAUAAAUAAAACUCUUUUUUCUAUUAAAUUUAUU